AUGGUCUUCAACAUCGCAAACACCUCCUUGCGGGCGGCGCGCGACGAGUGCCUGCGCCACCUGACGGACCAGAUGGCGCGCUGCUCGGACGAGGCUGGCGUCGCGCUCGAGCUUGACGGCCAGCUCGUCAACAGCGACGCACAGUUCGGGUUCGCCCCGUUCGUGAUCGCCAAAGGCUCGGAUGUGCCGGCCGUCUCGCUGGAAGGCGUGUUCAGCCUGACGGCGUCUACACCGGCCGAGAACGCGCGUCGCCUGCUUCGCGCGCUGCAGUUGACCAAGCCGGUGCUGCUGGAGGGCAGCCCCGGCGUGGGCAAGACGAGCCUGGUGGCGGCGCUGGCGCGCGCCUCCGGACACCGACUCACCCGCAUCAACCUCUCCGACCAGACGGCAAUCAAGGCCGGACACUGGGUCGUCCUUGGGACGAGGUGA